GAGAGAGGAGUAUAUCUACUUCUUGUAAGAUAUCAUAUGUUCGUAUUACAAAACAAAGUCAGCUACUGCCAAAAUGGGGUCUGUCAUGGUUUCAGACCCCGAUGGCGUCGUACUUAGUUGAAAACAAAAUCACAAAAUAAAACGACACUGUUGUGUUCAUCAUCUAAUUAAACGCAGAAGAGUAGAAGACAAGACAUGCGCAAUAUGGGAGAAGAUACAUGGGCAAUAAGGUAACUAUAUUAUUAAGAGGCAACUGCUAUGCUGUAUAUAUCAAGAGCUUUGCCUUUCAGUUUCGGAUAUAUACAACACUGCCUCUGCUUGUGUUUAAAUUGAAUGGCUUUUCGCUUGCUUCUUGUUAUGGCGGUUUUGCUCUUCUGCAUGGCGACGCAGGUCUCAUCUGAUUCGAAUAUACAAGACCAUGAAACCCAGGUGGUGAAAGGAGCAAACAGAAGGCUUUUACCCUACCUGAAUUGUGAUGAGUUAUGCAACUCGAGGUGCAGGUUGCACUCAAGGCCAAACGUGUGCACAAGGGCAUGCGGUACCUGCUGCGUGAGGUGCAAGUGUGUUCCUCCGGGUACCUCCGGCAACCGGGAGGCCUGUGGAAGGUGCUACACUGAUAUGACCACCCAUGGCAAUCGCCUCAAGUGCCCUUAAUUACUACUAUAUUUCCAAUUAAGGCCAAUUACUGAAAAAACCAAAAAAAAAAAAAUUCGCACUAGGAAAUAAAUUUCAGAUAUUUAGUCAGUGAGUGUUGUGUUUUGUAUGAUGUUGUUGUGUAUGUGUCUCCUCUACUAUUUUCUUUCUUUGUAUCAAUGUUGAGUUCAGUUUCUGAGUCGUGUUAUUUGUUGUAACUUGUAGCGAACAAUAAUAAACUAAAUAUUGCAGACUUGUGUAUCUGUAAGAUUGUAUCUCCUCCUCUCACGUCCAAUGCUCUUAAAACACAACUCUUUUUGUUCUUUUUGAAAUCAUAAAACCCAACCUCUUUGGCCCAUUUUAUUACUGGACAGAAGAACCGACACACCAUUUAGGAAUUAUAUAUAUUUCGGGUUUUAUCCACGGUGGGUCAAA